ACACUCACUGUCCCUCUCCCUAAACAACAAACAAAUCCCUCCACUCCACAUCUUCAAAAUGACCACAACCUCCCACCAUUCCGCCGCCGUUUCCUCCGCCGUAACCUGCCGGAAAAGGCGGAGGACCUUAACCGAAGAAUCAACCCCCAAAUUCAGAGGAGUUCGCCUGAGAGCAUGGGGGAAAUGGGUGUCGGAAAUAAGAGAGCCAAGGAAGAAAUCAAGAAUAUGGCUCGGAACAUACCCCACGGCCGAGAUGGCAGCGCGUGCACACGACGUGGCUGCACUCGCCAUCAAAGGCCACCGCGCCUUCCUCAAUUUCCCUCAAAUCAAACACCAACUCCCCCGCCCAGCCUCCCUUUCCGCCAAGGACAUUCAGGCCGCCGCCGCACAAGCCGCCGCCCUCAAACACCAGCCAAACCCCACCGAAUCAAGUCCCUCGGAAACGACGUCGUGUGAGGAAGAAGAGACAUGGUUUGAUCUGCCGGAUCUUGUUGUACGAGGAAUCAACGAUGGGUUCUUGUUGGAUUUUGAUUAUUCCUCGUCGUCUUCGUCGUCGUCGUCAUGGCACUUCUCCGGAGAUCACGACGACCUCCAAUGGCACUCCGAUUAUCCUCAUACCAUUUUUCCCGCUUGAGUUUUUUUUUUUUUUUUUUUUUUUUUUUUUUUUUUU